AUGAGAUGUAUUCUUGGUUCUCAGUUGGUUAGGAGAUCCUUUGAAGUUGAAAACUGCUGGAACAUUUCAGUUGUCUUCAUUAGUGAUUACUUAUUACACGCUCUGUCUCUCUUCUCCUUUAGUAUCCAACAUGUGUACGGAGCUCAGCAUCCGCCUUUUGAUCCGCUGCUGCAUGGAACCUUGAUAAAGCCAGGAUCAAAACCACCUACAACUCCGGUGAAACUAAAGAAAGUCAGCACCUUCCAGGAGUUUGAAAGUAACACAAGUGAUGCUUGGGAUCUUGGGGAUGAUGAUGACGAACUCUUAGCAAUAGCUGCUGAAAACCUAAAUACAGAAGUGGUCAUGGAAACAGCUCACAAAGUAAUUCAGAAUCACAGCAAGUUACAAGAACAGCAUAAAUUUCAGGAAGAACAUCAGCAGGAAGAAAAACAAGUAGAAUCUGCAGAGCUGACUUCAAUUGCGUGUGGUGAUAAUAGGCUUGUUAAAUCAGUCAGUGAAGGUCAUACUUCCAGUUCAUCAGAUAAUGCUAGUGAAAAUUCUUCCAUGCAGAGAUCUCAGUCUCUUCCACAAACUUCCACACCUCCCCUGGUGAGCGGAGUGGCAGACUUCAAUACCUCAGUUACUCCUGCAUUAACUGAAAGAGAAGCAUCCCGAUUAGACAAAUUUAAGCAGCUACUCGCUGGACCCAACACAAAUCUUGAAGAAUUACGGAAAUUGAGUUGGUCUGGAAUUCCCAAACGAGUUCGUCCUAUUGCAUGGAAGCUCCUUUCAGGUUAUCUUCCUGCAAACGUGGACCGAAGAGAAAGCACUUUACAAAGAAAACGGAAAGAGUAUUUUGCUUUCGUUGAGCAAUACUAUGAUUCCAGAAAUGAUGAGAGUCACCAAGAUACCUAUAGACAGAUUCAUAUAGAUAUCCCACGCAUGAGUCCUGAAGUUUUAAGACUUCAGCCCAAAGUAACAGAGAUCUUUGAAAGAAUUUUGUUUAUCUGGGCUAUACGUCAUCCAGCCAGUGGAUAUGUUCAGGGCAUAAAUGAUCUUGUAACUCCUUUUUUUGUAGUCUUCGUUUGUGAAUAUAUAGAAGAAGAAGAAGUGGAAAAUUUUGAUGUUUCCAGUCUGCCUGAAGAAGUGCUGCAGAACAUAGAAGCUGACAGUUAUUGGUGCAUGAGCAAGUUGCUUGAUGGCAUUCAGGAUAAUUACACAUUUGCACAGCCAGGAAUUCAAAAGAAAGUGAAAAUGUUGGAAGAACUUGUUAGUCGGAUCGAUGAACAAGUUCAUGUACACUUGGAUCAGCAUGAGGUGAAAUACUUGCAAUUUGCUUUCCGAUGGAUGAAUAAUUUGCUGAUGAGAGAAGUCCCUUUACGGUGUACCAUCAGAUUAUGGGACACAUACCAAUCUGAACCAGAGGGUUUUUCUCACUUCCACUUGUAUGUCUGCGCUGCCUUCCUUGUCAGGUGGAGGAAAGAGAUCCUGGAAGAGAAAGACUUUCAGGAAUUGCUGAUAUUUUUACAGAAUUUGCCCACAGUACACUGGGGAAAUGAAGAAAUCAGUGUACUCCUAGCAGAAGCCUACAGACUCAAAUUUGCAUUUGCAGAUGCUCCCAAUCAUUACAAGAAAUGAAUAUAAAGAGCCAGAAAUUAUUAAGACCAAUGUGUUCUGCAGUAUUAUGGCAUCUGUUGUUUUGGUUGUGAUUUCAGCUCAUUGCUCUUUUGUUUGAAUGAAGAUGACCAUUAAAAUUCUGUUAGAACUUGCAAAAUGAGAAGAGAAUACCAAAGAAAUGGACAAAGAAGGAUAUUGAGUAAUGAAUGAACUUAAAAGUGAACUUUUUCGCUCAGCAUGAAAAAUGAAUUCAAAUGUCUAUCACAUAAUUGUCUUUUUUCCCCUUCCGCAAUUAUGAUUUGAGCAAUUCUUGUAUGUACCUGAGUUUUAAAACUUCCUUAAGGAAUGAUUUUGUGACUACUUCAUUGACAUUACUAUCAGCCAGUUUGAAUUACUUGCUUUAGAUAAAAAAAAAACAAAACUCUUCACGGUCAUAAAGACCAUCUGAGAUAGCAAGACCUGUGUUUUGAGGUCUGGUUAUAACUCAGAAGAUGCUGAUGUUCUCACACCAUGUUUUAUUUUUUCCAUGGAAUGAGGUUAGAAUGCAAUAAUAUAAGAAAGUAAGUUUGCAGUGGAAAUUGGUGGUAUUUUCUAAACACAAUUCAUUAUUGUAGGGUGUUGUAGAUGAUUUUUAGCCCUACAAAGAACUGACUUAAUACCUAAGACUCAUCUGUAGCACUAAAAUAAAUCCCACUUUAUAUUAUUUUGGAGUGUUUUUAAAAUAUUGAAUGAAAUGGAAGAUGUGGUCUUGUUAAAAUAAAGCCUUUCUUUCAAGCCUUUCAAUUUUUUAUCAUGAAAGUUCACUUUUAAGAAUCACAUUAAGAAGCUUGGUUUACAAAGCAAGAUAUAUUUUGUUUCUCAGUUGUUGCCUUAUUCUCCAUUUCUAGCAUGUUAGAAAAGGAAAAUUAAUAUAUCUGUCCAAAGCUUAUUUGUUAAAUAGUUUAAGACCUUUUUUCUUACUAUUCAGAGGAAGGGAGAAGACAGUUCCCAAUAACAGUAACUAUACACUCAGAUACUUCUGCAUCAUUAGCAGAAUAAAAAUCCUCUCUGACUUUAUAGAAUGAAAUCAAUGUUUCUUCAUGUAAGUAUGGGAUUCUGAAUAAUUUCUUAAAACUUACAUAAUUUAAGUGCACUAUUUAUUUUCAAUAUUUUUUUUCAGAUAAUAAUUCUGAUGUUGCUCUAUUAGAUGUAAAUAAACCUAUGUUAAUUUGUGCCUGCCCCACACAUACGGUUAUUGAGGGUCAGAGGUGCAAUAAGCAAUAUACCGGAAGCUCGGAAUAGUCAUUCACCAGUUCAGUUCUAGAGUUGCAUGAUGUCACACAAAAAGUGUAGUGCACUUUUAAUUUUGGAAAGUAAAAGAUUUUCAAGAGGUUUUCUCUUAUGACUUGUUAUUGGAAGAUUGUUUUAAAGUUCUUAAAAAUAUGUAAAUAUACGUUUUGAGGAAAGCUUUCUAGACAUAUUAGUUCAUGACACCAACUUUAUAAUAAGUAAUUAGGUGUUUCAGGGUAAAUAGAAGAAAAUACAUUUUUACCAACGUGAUUAUGAGAUCUAUAUUUUAAAAUUAUAUGAAAUAAGUGGUAGAAGAGAGAGAAACAAAUUAAUUCAGAAGCAGGAGGGUUUUCUGACUAGGAUGCAUUUCUGUUCCACUGACAUCAGCUGGGGUUCUCAGUUUUGAUGUCUUCAAGUUCAAGCCUCCUAGGUUGCUGCAUUUGUGUCUAGAGUGUAUAGUGGAUCUGUGUUUCAUAAAUAUCUGUAUAUUGUUUUCUAUAAGUUCAUGCUCUAAUGUAUCAUGGUUUAUCUUUAUGUUUACAAAGAAUGUCAUAUUGUGCCUAACAGAAUAUCUACCAAUAACAGAAUAAAAGAAACCUGAACUUUAUGAACAUUUGCUUUAGACUUAGUAUUUACAGUAAUUUGUUAAUAGAAAUGCAUAUUAUUGUAACUUGAGAGAAGACACACAGCAUUAAAUGUACAAUGUUGUAAUGGAUUUCUAUAAUAAUAAUUAUUUUUUAAUUAAGAUGUUAUUUAGGUAGUUACAUGUAACAUGGAAAGUUGACCCAAAGUUGUCUGCUGUGUCAGAUGCUUCUGCAUAACAUUUUUGGGACUGGAUAUAUAGAAUUUUCUUCAUUGGGUCCACAUAAGUUGUCUGCCAUGUCUUCCAAAUUCAACAGGUACCUCUUACUUCCCUUGGAAGAAAGUAUUACCAUCAGAGGUCACAUUUACUCUUGUGUCUGUGUCAGAAGUUGAAUAUUGUACUUGAGCACAUUGCUUUUUAAGGAUAGUGGGAAGUUUCCUAAUAUAGUAACAAUGAUUAUUUAUAUAGAGACAGAAUUUUCUGGAAAACGAGGUAUAGAUAUAUAAAUAACAUUUAUAUAUCUAUACAGACAGGAAUAGUUUUCAGUAAAAAGAAGGCAAACAUUUAUGUAAAAUUUUCAAAAUUUUUAUUACAUUACAUGAAUACUUUACAUAAAUAUACAUAAAAUAUUUCAUUUUAUUAAAACCAAGCCAAAACAAAAGCAAACAACAACCUUACAUUUAACGAUUGUACAUCUCAGGUAAAAUGUCAUUCCAAACAUAAUAUUACAUAGAAAAGGAAAUAACUUCCUGAUUAUUACAUCCCAUGAACUUAUUCUUUUCAAAAUUCAAAAGAUUCCGAAUAUUAUUAAAUUCCUUUGUAAUAUGUAUUUUCUUAUGAAGGAGGCAUCUUGACACAUCAUUAGUGAAACCAGGCAGUAAUUUCCUAAAACUGAUGUGAAAUAUUAAAACUGUAGUGUCUAAAGUGUGUGCUAAAGAAUUUCUGUAAUAAGAAUUUAAGCGGGAAUGUACAAUAUAAACAGAUUUAUGACUACAGUAUUUGAAAUAUGUAAAUAGUAAACAAAUUACUCCAAUAUGUAAAUACAAUACAUGCGAUAGGAUAGAAAUGUUAGUUUGAAAUCUUAUGUAACUAAUACGGUAUAAGAAAUUUGUUGCUUUUUUUUUUUUUUUUUUUUGGCUCAGUUCCAUAUGGAAAGGCCCAUUAAUUUGUUUUUAACUUCAGGACUAUAGAAUAAAACUGUCUGAAGUUCCAUUAUAUGCUUCUGACAAUUAUUAACACUGAGGCACUGGUUAAAACUGUAAAACUGAUGAAAGAUGAGGAAAUAAAUGCAUAUUUAUGAAGUGCUA